AUGACAGCAAGUGGUGACACGUUACAGAAUCAAAACCGGAGCUGGCAAUGGCAUCGGACUCAGGUGGUAGAACAAGCCUUGCAAUCAUCCAGAGUGGCGCAUAUCGUUGCCGUCGAUCUUAAUCUGAAGAAGCUGGAACGUCUCAGCAAAGAGAACCCUCAGCGUCUCUUUCUCGUACUUGGAGACGUUUCUCAAAGCUCUACGAGCGCAAAAGCAGUGGAAACUGCGACUCAGCAAGCCGGCCGUGUCAACUCAUUGAUGUUGAAUGCUGCCAUAGUCAAGCGUACUGGGCCAUUUCCAACGCUGACUGUUGCGGACUGGAGAAAGCCUUCGACAUAA